AUGGGAGCGCUUGGUGCUCCGAAAUCUAGUGGUGGAUUGUUCAGCGCCACAACAACAGCAACAACAACCACGGCUCCUGGAGGAUUGCUGUUUGGAGCCAAAACUGCUACUACAACCACCGCUGGUUCGUUUGGUACGAGUACUUCGACUGCACCGUUGUUUGGUGCAAAAACAACAACGACGACGCAGAGCUUGUUUGGAACAGCAACAUCGCUCAGUGGUGUUGCACCGACAACAACAACAUCAUCUUUAGGCCUUGGAGGCACAACGCAGACAGCAGGUCUUAGUGCUACGUUAGGAAGCGGUUCUGCUGCUGCUGGGGCAGUCUCAGAAAAGGAAAACUUACGAGAGGGCAUUGUACCCAAGCCUAUUCGUGAAGUUGCGAUUCAGCUGAGGGAGAAAUUGAAAGAAAACAGAAGGCUUGCUGAUGAAUUUACGGCAGCUUCCACAGAUCGCACUAUUCUAGUGAAGGAACAACUUAAGGAUGUGGAGCACAAGAUUUGUGAAGUUUACAGCAAAACAUCUGAUUAUGACGUGAAGUGCGCUCAGCUGAAAAGACGCGUAGCAAAGGACUUGCAUUUAGGGGAUGUAGCUCAACGUGUUCAGGAUUCACUGACUAAAAACGUGCACUUCAGCUCGCAGACACAAAUAGUGCAGUACAUUGUUGAUGUAAUUCGAGAAUAUGAUGAAGCGGUAAUCCAGUACCAGAACAUAAUUGAAGACAUCAAUACGAAAUUGAGUGUAGUUUUGAGCGGCAAGGGAACGAUGACAGUUAGCGAUUUGAAACAAGUGCUGACGCGUUUCGACAUCGCUUUCAGUACUGUUGCAAGCAAGCUGUUCGAUGCAACCCGAAAAGUUCAGGAUGUGAAGUCAGUAUUAUCUGCUGACGAAUCCUUGUCCAUGUUGCGCGAUGCAGUCAACCGUCGAGCUGAUGCAGCAUCACAGUCGAAGUCUUACAACAGUCUUCGUGGGAGCGAUUUCGUGCCAUCACAGUCUACUAUUGCUGAAUUGGGAAAACAACUGAAACCAGCGCUUGGCACUACUUCGGCUGCUGGUGGAACAAGUCUUUUUGGGACAGCAGGCGGUGGAUCGUUGUUUGGAUCAACUACAACAGCAGCGAAGCCUUUCUCGUUCGCUUCAACAUCUACUGGCGGGACAUCGCUAUUCCCAUCUCUGACAACUUCAACAGCAGGAUCGUUGUUCUCAUCUCUAACGUCUACUACGACAACUACUACAAAACCAACGCUCAGUGUUGUAAUUAGGGAGAAACAGCGUAUAUUGUAUACUUCAUUGUUGAAAUGUAAUGCUAAAGAAAAGGCAUGUCGUCGUCUUCUACCAAAUCAAAUUCAGAAGAAGAUUGUGGGUGGGUCGAGGGCGAUCUGUGACAUUAUCCGGUCUAACGCCAAAGCUACUCUACGCGCAAAGUACGAUAGACUUUCGAGUAUGCAGCGCGGCCCUGUUUGUGAGAACAACACGUCCACAGACCACCGACUACCAAUACGCUCUGAUCAAAAUACAAACACUGAUCAAACGGCUAGAGUCACAGUAAUUGGUGAUACUCAUGUUUCCGAUAUUGCUAUGGACUUCUUAAGCCUAGGACCCUCAUUUUCGAUAGCUCAGAAUGUCAAUGGGGCGGUCUUUCGUAAAGUUGUAGGAGGCUUUCAAAGACUUAGAGACCAACUUAGGAUCAAGGCCAAACAUGAAAACACACCACAAUCCACGUUUGUAGACGGGAAGCUACUUCCAUCUGUCCCGUUCCCCCGUACUUUUUAUAAAGAACCUGAACCAGUUCGUGAAGCCGAUGUAAAGUUUAGAAUUGUAUCAGCGGGAGUGUUAGCCGCUUUCAACCAACACCGAAGUCAGCGGCAUAGAAACUUAACAAGGCAUCAAUGGCAAGGGUUCCGAGAAGUUCGACAACUAAUAUCUAACGGGACACUGCGUAUCUCGGUGAGCGACAAAGGAGGAGAGUUUGUGGUUAUGCCACAAACACUAGAUCGGGAAAUAACGGAACGACAUUUAAUGGAUCAAAGUAUUUGUCGCCGAGUUACAGAAAAAGAGUUUACUGCACAAUAUAAAUGUCUGAACCAUGUUUGGAUGAGCGUCGGUAAGGCUGCUGGGAUUGACGAAAGAUUCCUGAGCAGGUUAAAAGUAGAAACACCGAACUGCCCCGUUUUUUUACAGCCUGAUUAA